AAGUGUUUCUUUUGUUUCUGUGAAAAUUUACAUAUAUUGUGUAUUUUUGUAGCUAUUUGAUAUUAUUUGUUUAGGCGUGUAUCGUGAUGUUGCGUCCACUAUAAGUGAUCUUGCAUCUCAACUUUUGGUUUGGAAUAUGAUUCUCUAGUAAAUUUGAUGUUGUAAUUGAAGUGCUAUAUGAUUAUUUCACAAUUUCUUUUCUUGCCUGAUCUGUUCCAGAGUUUGAAGGUUUUUUCAUUUUUCAGGUCAAACUGCCAAAGUCCGUUUAAGGGCUCAGGGAAUGCAGAAAGAUGGAGUCUUUGUCUGAGAUUAAGGAAGGAGCUUAUUCUGAGCAGCCAUCCUACUUUGCCUUUGAUGAGGUUGGAAAAAUAUACAACCAUCUCAGAUUCCCUUACCUAAUGCCAGCCUUGGCUAAAUAUGUUGGAGCACAGAUUAUUCUUAUGACCACUUUGAAGAUGGUUGAAAUCUUAUAGCCUGGUGAAGCAAAGGUCAACUUUAAACUUCACAACCCUAGAACCCAGACGGAGGAAGCAGCUAUUGGAACAUGAAAAUGGAGAAUAAAGGGAGCAAUGCAAUGCAACAUUAUGAAUUAGGGAAAAUGAUAGGACAAGGGAAUUUUGCCAAGGUCCACCACGCAAGAAAUCUAAAGAACGGGUCUAGUGUGGCGAUCAAGAUCAUUGAUAAGGAAAAGGUUUUCAAAGUUGGGAUGAAUGAUCAAAUCCAACGAGAGAUAUCCGUGAUGAGACUAGUCAAACAUCCCAGCAUAGUUCAUCUUCACGAAGUUAUGGCCACCAAAUCCAAGAUUUACUUUGUCAUGGAGUACGUCAAAGGGGGAGAACUCUUCAACAUGGUUGCCAAAGGAAGGCUAAAAGAAGAAGUUGCAAGGAAAUAUUUCCAGCAGCUAAUAAGUGCUGUUGACUUCUGUCAUAGUAGAGGUGUUUACCACAGGGAUCUGAAACCUGAGAACCUACUGGUAGACGAGAAUGGUGAUCUAAAGGUUUCUGACUUCGGGUUGAGUGCUCUUGCAGAGUCCAGGCAUCAAGAUGGCUUACUCCACACUACAUGUGGGACUCCCGCGUAUGUUGCUCCGGAAGUGAUUACACGAAAAGGCUACGAUGGGGCAAAAGCCGAUGUUUGGUCAUGUGGGGUGAUCUUAUUUGUUCUAUUGGCGGGAUAUCUCCCUUUCCAGGAUUCGAACUUGAUGGAGAUGUAUCGAAAAAUAAAGACGGCAGAGUUCAAGUACCCGACGUUUUUCUCUUCGGAUGUCCGUAAGUUGAUAUCAAAGCUUUUAGAUCCAAACCCUAAAACCCGAAUUACCAUUGCCAAGAUAAUGGAGAAUUCUUGGUUCAGGAAGGGUUUGGAUAUAAGGCAAGCCAGCAAUCAAGAGCCCGAAGAGGCAAAUAAUCAAGAACCCGUAACGCUUAAAAACUUGAAUGCUUUUGAUAUCAUAUCACUCUCCUCAGGUUUUGACCUGUCUGGCUUGUUUGUGGAAAAAAAUGAUCAAAAGGGAGAAGAGAGGUUCACAUCCAGACUUCCGGCGAAAACCAUAUUCUCCAAGCUAGAAGACAUUGCUAGGCAUCUAAAGCUGAAGACAAUAAAGAAGAAAGGAGGGUACAUCAGAUUGGAAGGGACGAAGUUGGGUAGAAAAGGGGUUGUGUGCAUUGAUGCAGAAAUCUUUGAAGUGACUCCUACUUUCCAUUUGGUGGAAAUGAAGAAGUCCAAUGGGGAUACACUGGAAUAUCAGACAAUGAUGGAGAAGGAGAUAAGGCCAGCGUUGAAGGACAUCGUUUGGGCUAUGCAAGGCGAUCAGCCACGACCUGACGACCUGAGCAGCUAGAAGUACAAGUGGAGGAGGCUGCAGCUUAACUCUAUGGAUUCAAUACCUAAGCUGUUGAUUUGUGUGAUUAAAUAGCAUUGAUUUGGUGAUCAGGCUUGGUAGCUGAUACGUGCAGUCUUUGUUUUCUGGCCAUUGCAUUUUGUGCUCAUUUAUAGGGACUAUUAUCACAUUAAUAUAAUUGGUGCAUGUUAACUCCAUUGUAAAAUCC